AACCUCACUGCGUUCAACAAUCAACCUGCCCGCUGACAGAUCCGUUUACAAAUUGGAUGUGGCAUUUUUCGGCAGUAUUUGCCAGAUCCUAUUAAAUUUUAAAGGAAAAAACGACUUCAGUGUGCGAGGAUCUCAGUUUAGAAGGAAAAUGGCACAAAGUACGGGUUAUUGUGCAAAAAUGGCAACGAUAACAAACUGAUCGCCCCUUCUCUUGAAAUGUUGAAAUUCCUGAUUCGGACUUCUACUGCGUCAAUGACAUCGGUACCAAAACCGCUUAAAUAUUUGGCACCGCACUAUGAUCUCUUGAAAGAAACUCACAACCAAAUGACGAACGAUAAUGCAAAACGUGCCUUGGCCGAUGUCAUUUCCGUCUUGGCAUUGGGAACUCUGGGGACCAACGAAACUGAAAACCAUCGCGACUGUCUGAAGUAUUGUCUAAUGGGUACGAUGCAAAAUAUCGGCGAUUGGGGUCAUGAGUACAUCAGUCAAUUAGAAACCGAAAUUGUGCAACAAUGGACCUUAUCCCAUUGUAGCGUGAGCGAUAAAAUGCUAAUGCCGCUUAUUCACGAUAUUGUCCGUUUCAACUGUGACCUUCGAGCAGAAAUUCAAGCAUGCGACCUACUUAUGGAAAUUGAUAAAUUAGCGAUGCUCUCUAAUUACGUUGCAUCGAACAACUAUCAGAAGAUAUGUUCGUAUUUAAGUUCUUGCAUGAAGUAUGUCGAUAAUAUUGAAAGAAAGAAAAUAAUGCAAAUAACUUACGAGCAAUAUAUGAAAUUUGAGGAAUACUCUAGAGCACUUGCCAUAGCCCUCCAAACAGAAAAUUUGGAAUGGGUAAAAGAUGUGUUCACGCAGUGCAAAGACAAAGUUAUCAGAUACCAAUUAGCAUUUAUAUGUGCAAGACAUUUAUAUCCAUUUCAAGCAAAUACCGAUAUGGAAGGUUGUGAUGAGCUAAACAACAUUUUAAACAAUAACUUAUUGAGUUCCUGUUAUCAUAAGCUGGCUCAAGAGUUGGACAUAACGGAGCCAAAAAGUCCUGAAGCAGUUUAUAAGACAUGGUUAGAACCAGUUACUCCACGGCUUCAGAUUUUGGGUGAAAGCUUGGACAGCGCCAAACAAAAUUUAGCUUCGUCGUUUGUGAACGGAUUUGUUAAUGUUGGAUUUGGCACCGACGUUUUGUUGUCUACAGAUAGCGGAAACAAAUGGAUAUAUCGCAACAAAGAGCAGGGUAUGUUGAGUGCUACAGCUUCGUUGGGUCUUGUCCAUUUAUGGGACGUCGAUGGUGGCCUAACUCCUAUCGAUAAGUAUUUAUAUACUUCAGAAGACUACAUUAAAGCCGGGGCUUUGUUGGCACUAGGCAUAGUCAACUGCAAAGUAAGAAAUGAAUGUGAUCCUGCACUCGCCCUUUUAGGAGAUUAUGUUAACAAUGCCAACAAAACUUUGCAAAUUGGUUCGAUCCUCGGAUUAGGACUGGCUUACGCAGGUAGUCAGAGAGAAGAUGUAAUCCAGCAACUUCUUCCUAUAUUAAACCUGACGCGCUCAAUUGAAAUUUUGGCGUUGAUCAGUGUAUCUUGUGGUCUAAUCAGCUUAGGCGGCCACAACAACGACGUCCCAUCUGCCAUUCUAAACAGAAUGAUAGAACUGAUCGACGUGGAUCCCGAAAUAUUCAAAUCUCCGCAUAUGAAAUUAAUGGGAUUUGGUUUGGCAAUAUGUUAUUUUGGCAAACGAGACUUGAUCGAGGUUCCUAAUAACGCGAUCGAAGUAUUUAUGGAACCUUUUAAGUCCACAAUGCAAACCAUGUUGAUUAUGUGUUCGUAUGCGGGCACUGGAGAUGUGCUAAUCGUUCAAAAAUUGCUUCGCAUGAUUGGGGAAAAGGUGCCCAGCACGGAUCCACCGCCAAAAGAAAAAAAUAAACGAAAAAGCAAGAAAGAGGUGUGGGACUAUACAAUGAAUCAAGCCAUGGCGACCCUCGCAGUUGCUGCUGUUUCAUUCGGAGAAGAAAUCGGAAUGGAAAUGGUACAAAGAAUUUUUGGACAUAUGGGAAGAUAUGGGGAACCGUCAGUAAGAAAAGCAGCCCCUCUGGCUAUAGCUUUGAGCUCAAUUUCAAAUCCUCAACUAAGUGUUUUUGAUGUUCUCACAAAAUAUUCACACGAUUCUGACGAUGAUGUAGCUUGCAAUGCCAUUUUCGGGUUGGGGUUGAUUGGCGCGGGAACGAACAAUGCCCGUUUGGCAUCAAAUUUGCGGCAACUGGCUGUAUAUCAUGUAAAAAACCCUAAUCAGCUGUUCAUGGUACGACUAGCACAAGGAUUAGUUCACAUGGGCAAGGGGACUGUGAGUUUAAAUCCUUUGCAUACCGAUAGAAUGCUUCUAGAUCGAGUAGGAAUGACAGGUCUUCUAAUUGUACUCAUAUCGCUUUUGGAGCCCCAGUCUCUUAUCCUGGGUAAAUCUCACUAUUUACUUUACUGUUUGGUGCCAUCGAUUGAACCAAGAUGGUUAUUAACACUGGAUGCAAAUUUGGAAAUUUUACCAACAACGGUACGAGUUGGACAAGCUCUAGAUGUAGUGGGUACAGCAGGUACGCCUAAAACUAUUGCAGGCGUUCGAACUCAUAGCACGCCGGUAUUGCUUAGUACAACUGAAAAAGCAGAACUAGCCAACGACCAGUAUGUUUUUUUUACUCCUACACUCAACGGAAUUUGCGUUUUAAAAGAAAACCCGGCUGCUCAGUUAUAAACAUUAUCCGUUUUUGAAAUACUUAUGAUUUGUUUAAAAUUAGAUUACUAAUUAAAAAUGUUGAUAAAAUACAAAUCUAAAUAAAGGUGAAAUUUA